UUGUGUGACCGAACCAGAUGAAUGCUUCACACAGCCCAUCUCAGAGAAACGCUCGCGGUCCCAGCGCAGACUAUUUAUCUCUCUGUCUGUGCCGUCUUCGGUUCCUACAUGCAUUUGCUGGAAGAAGCCCUCCAGCAGUAUCGACCAUAUAAAGUCCAGCCCAGAAGAUGGCCACCUUCAGCCUCAGCAGGUUGCGCUUUCAGAGCUGCUUCAUAUUAUUGCUGUCCGUAACCCUUGGCGUGUCUGUCCUUAUCUAUGUGUUUGGUACCUUCUUCGAGUCCCCCAAAGUGUGGCUCAGCAGUUUCUCCAUGUUCCAAACAGCCAACAAUCACACACUAAUAAAUAUGACCCGUCUCACAACAUACAACGAAACAGACAACCAACCGACAUCCGAAGCCACACACACAACAAUGACUACAGUGAACACAGAUAAGCUGACAGACAUGCUCAGUACAGAGUCCACGACAACUGUUCCGGUGACAGAAGCAUCAUCCAUCCAAUACCAUCAAGCGUACCCAGGUAACUACCACUACAUCAUAGACGAGCCCCAUAAGUGUGAACAAGAGAAUACGUUCCUGGCCCUCUUGGUCCCGGUAGCUCCACACGAACUGGAGGCUCGCAACGCCAUCCGGAGCACAUGGGGUAAUGAGAGCGUGGUCCGAAACAAGACCAUCACUGUGAUCUUCUUGCUGGGUCUGCCUGGAAAUGAGGCUGAGAAAAAACAGGAGGAACUGAAGCUGGAAAGCCAGCAGUACCACGAUGUGGUCCUGAGCGACUUCAUGGACACCUACCUCAACUUGACGAUAAAGACCACGGUAAUCAUGGACUGGCUGGCCACACGUUGCCCGCAGGCAUCCUACGCCAUGAAGGUCGACUCCGACAUGUUCUUGAAUCUGGAGAACUUGAUGAGCUUGUUGCUGUCACCUGAUACGCCUAAAGAAAACUACAUUACGGGAAGGGUUAUGUGGAACAUACCGGUCAUCCGGGACAAGAACUCCAAGUGGUAUGUGCCAAAGGAAUUAUACGCUGAAGACUACUACCCAACAUACCUGCUGGGGAUGGGUUAUAUCUUCUCCAAUGACCUUCCAGGGAAGAUCGUUGAGGCCUCGAAAGAAAUAACAGCGUUUAACAUAGAGGAUGCAUAUGUGGGUGCCUGUCUGAAACGAAUAGGAGUUUCACCUACAAACCCUCCAAAUCCCUCCCAGUUUAAGGACUAUUUUAGAGGUGAAUAUAAUCGAGAAGAGUUUGCCAGUGUGAUCACCACCAUCCUUAACUCCCCACAGCAGCUGAUCACAUUCUGGCAGGACCUUAAGAGGCCUACAUGAAGGACUUUGAGGGAAAAGACUCGGAACUGAUAUUUGGUAUAUUGUUAUAAUGAUUUUGGAUUAUUUGUGUGGGAAAAUUCUUGUAUCGUCUCAAAAUUUAUUCAGAACUCAUUCAUAGUACAGGCUCUUUUCAGACAAAGUUUGGCAUCACCAGCUCAAACAAUGGGCCUCAUUCGCCGACCGUUCUUCAGACGAAACGUCCUCUUAAAACCCACUUACGCAGU